ACAAUAUCGAUGAUACAGAUCGAUAGGCAGAUGCGCUACAAUCGACUGCUGGACGAAAAACAACGUUUCUCUGAGUACGACUAUGUGGUUGUCGGUGCCGGUGCUUCGGGUGCACCCAUAGCCAUGCGACUGACCGAAAACCCUGAUAACUAUGUACUACUGUUGGAAGCCGGUGGCCAACAAUCGGUACUAUCGGACAUACCCGGUAUGGCCGAAGUCCUCAUCGAUAAUCCGGAGUUUGAUUGGCGCGAUCCGUCGGUACCGCAAAAAUAUUUUACCGGCGGCGUAAUGGACACCAACAAUGGUAAACGAUUGGGCGGUUCCUCAGCAAUCAACGGUAUGAUCUAUAAUCGGGGAAAUCGACGCGAUUUUGAUAACUGGGUCUACAGUUACGGUGCCCAAGGCUGGAGCUAUGAGGAAGUGUUGCCGUAUUUUAUGAAAUCCGAGAAUAAUUCCGAUCGGCUGGUUCUGGCCAACAAUCCCGGGUUUCACGGAACUCAGGGACCGCUACGGGUGAGUAGCGACCCGCGACCGGCCCCACUGUUGGCUCUGUGGACACAAACAUUGAAUGAAUUGGGUAUACAAUCACUAGAUAUUAACGGUGCCAAUCAAUUGGGUACUACUGUUGCCCAGUCGACCGCUGCCGACGGCCUACGAUCGAGUACUGCCAAUGCCUAUAUUGAUCCCAAUCCACAUAGCGACAACCUAAACAUACUGGUCUACUCGUUUGUUACGAAAAUAUUGUUUGCACAGUCAACCCACGGACCCCGGGCUAUAGGUGUCGAAUAUUUAAGGGAUGGUAUCAAACAUACGGUUAUGGCCCGUAAAGAGGUUAUACUGUGCGCCGGUGUGGUCCGUACACCGCAACUGCUGAUGGUAUCGGGUAUCGGCCCCGGUCAUCAUCUGACCUCACUGGGCAUACCGGUCAUAGCCGACCUGCCCGUCGGCGACAAUCUCCAAGAUCACCCGGCAGUCAGCAUACAUAUGGUAUUGAAAAACCCGCGACUCGGAGGACCCGGACCUCAACUAUCUAUCGAGCAAAUGUAUCAACUGUGGACAACCCGAUCGGGACCGUUGGCCUACGCCUCCGAUAGUAUUACAUACAUUAACAGCCAGUCAAACAAUCAAACCGAUUGGCCAGAUCUGUAUUUCUAUACAAUUGUCCAGAAUGUCCUCAACUUGGAUUCGCAGGUAUCGGAAAUGUGGGGCAAUGAACAACAGUUGGCCGAAUGGCGUGAAUAUUUUCGGCCAUAUUUAGGCCAAUUCCUGACGAUGACUGCACCGCAUGUCUAUCGGGUACAGAGUUGGGGUUCAAUACGAUUGCAAUCCUCGGAUAUGUUAGUACCGCCGCUCAUUGAUCAGGGAUUUUUGCGGCACCCGAACGACAGGGCCUUACUUAUCGAAAAUAUCCGAUUUAUGUUUAAACUACUAUUGCAUUCAUCGUUCAGCCAAUAUGUCCAGCCGUUGGCCAAACCGAUACCCGGCUGUCAGUUUUGUCCGCACGGGUCGUCCCCUUCACUGUACGAAUGUACCGAAUAUAUUGAUUGUUUGAUCCGUCAGACGGGUAAGUCGGGCUGGCAUUUGGUCGGCGGCGCCCGUAUGGGUGAUCCACGUCGGCCGGACGUAGUGGUCGAUCCGCGCGGUCGUGUCAAACAUGUCCACGGGCUGCGGGUAUGCGACUCGUCAAUUAUGCCCCUAUUGAUCAAUGCCAAUACGUAUGCAGCGUCGGUAAUGAUCGGCGAAAAGUGUGCCGAUAUGAUCAAACAAGAUAAUGGCCACAAUCAGCACAAUUAUCUAUGAUG